GGUUCAUUUCGAAACUAAACUUGGCGGCGUGCGGUUCUUGCGCUCUGCUCCGCGUUCGUGUUGCCUUCGUGUUGUAUUAUCGUACUUGUAUUGAGAACGGGGAAAUUCUCGCGCCGACGCGACGCACACACUUGAUACCCUAGGAAUUAAAUUAUUUUUUGAAAAGUGCUAACGGUGCUGGAAACUAGUGGGCCCGGAUGAAAAAGUGAUGCCGCGCCACAGUGGAAACCCUUGCUGGCGAACCGUCGCUGGCGACGUAGGCAGUGCAAUAAAAACAAGCGUCUAGAGCUGUUGCCGCUGAAUUGUGAUAUUUUUUAUGUAAGAUCGCGUGCACAGGUGCUUAGUCGCGGUUACACUGAGACAAAAAAGUGACGCUGCCAGCGGGGAAAACGGAGAGAAAGUGGAAGUGGAGUGUGAGUGGAGUUUGUACUAAUUACUACUGCCCGUGCACGAAAAACACUCAUUUACACGCAAGCACACACACACACUGGAACACACACACACACCGGGACAGUGGGACGUUCGUCGGAUUUUCGUAUUCGUUUCUGUGUACAUUUUGUUGUCUUGCGUUCCACGUUACAUAUCUGUUUGUUGUUGCCUGCUGUAUGUUUAUAUUUAUAUUUAUUGCCUCCCCAUAUAUAUAUGUACAUAUAUGUGUGUUUGUUAAUGUUCAAUACAAAAACUACGAAGAGAAGAGCAACUAAAGGCCAAGCCAAAAAGAAAGCGCAAUGCCAAUAAAAACAACAACAACACCGACCGCCGCUGAAAACAAAAACAAAACGCCACCGCCGACGCAUGCAUACCUUUAAUUUAUUACACAUAUUGUUUUUAUUUUGAAUAAUGGAUCGUCGUGCAUUGAAGUUUAUGCAAAAAAGAGCGACCGACAGCGACACCACCACCACAACAGCAAACACCACAGCAUCCCCCGACACUCUGCCCCUGAAAGACAACUCCAACAUCCGCGAGAAACCCCUGCACCACCACAACAACAACUCGCAGCACACACACACACACUCGCAUCCGCAGCAGCAGCAGCAGCAACAACAGCAGCAGGCCGGCGGCAAGCAGCUUGAGCGGCCACUGAAGUGCCUGGAAACUCUCGCCCAGAAGGCGGGGAUCACCUUCGACGAGAAAUACGAUGUGGCCAGUCCCCCGCAUCCCGGCAUUGCCCAGCAGCAGGCGACUCCAGGAUCAGGAUCAGCAACAGGAGCAGGAUCAGCAACAGGAACGGGAUCAGCAGGCACAGUCACCCCCACAAGCCAUCGCCACGGAACUCCGCCCACCGCCCGCAGGCAGACGCACACCCCAAACACACCGGGCAGGCCGAGUGCACCCAGUACACCCAACACCCACAACCAAACCCACUCCCUUGCCCGCCACACCGGCCUUACGCUGGAGAAGGCGCAGAAUCCCGGCCAGCAGGUGGCCACCACCACCACGGUGCCGCUGCAGAUCUCACCGGAGCAACUGCAGCAGUUCUACGCGAGCAAUCCCUACGCCAUCCAGGUGAAGCAGGAGUUUCCCACGCACACGACGAGUGCCAGUGGAACCGAGCUGAAGCAUGCAGCCAACAUCCUGGAUGUCCAGCAGCAGUUGCAACUGCAGCAGCAGCUCUCGGAGGCCAGCGGAGGAGGAGGCUCGGGCGGCGGCGGCGCUGGCGGUGCACCUAGUCCAGCAGCCAACUCCCAGCAAAGCCAGCAGCAGCAGCAGCACUCCACCGCCAUCAGCACCAUGUCACCGAUGCAGUUGGCAGCUGCCAACGGAGAUUGGUCGCAGGGCAGGACGGUGCAGCUGAUGCAGCCCUCCACCAGCUUCCUGUACCCGCAGAUGAUUGUGUCCGGCAAUCUGCUGCACCCCGGCGGCCUCGGCCAGCAGCCCAUUCAGGUGAUCACCGCCGGCAAGCCGUUCCAGGGCAACGGCCCCCAGAUGCUCACCACCACGACGCAGAACGCCAAGCAGAUGAUCGGUGGCCAGGCGGGAUUCGCCGGCGGCAACUACACCACCUGCAUUCCCUCGAACCACAACCAGUCGCCCCAGACGCUGCUCAUCUCGCCGGUGAAUGUCAUCUCCCACUCGCCGCAGCAGCAGCAGAACCUGCUGCAGUCCAUGGCAGCCGCAGCGCAGCAGCAGCAACUCACGCAGCAGCAGCAGCAACAGCUCAGCCAGCAGCAACAGCAGCAGCAGCUCACCCAGCAGCAGCAACAGCAGCAGCAACAGCUGACGGCUGCCCUGGCCAAGGUGGGGGUGGAUGCGCAGGGCAAGCUGGCCCAGAAGGUGGUCCAGAAGGUGACCACCACCAGCAGCACGGUUCAGGCGGCGACGGGACCAGGAUCCGCUGGGACGACCCAGGCCCAGCAAGUGCAGCAGGUCCAACAGCAGCAGCAGCAGACCACCCAAACCACCCAGCAGUGCGUCCAGGUCUCGCAGUCGACGUUGCCAGUCGGAGUGGGCGCCCAGUCUGUUCAGUCUGUCCAGACUGCCCAGCUCCUCAACGCCGGCCAGGCGCAGCAGAUGCAGAUCCCCUGGUUCUGGCAGAAUGCGGCAGGACUGCAGCCCUUCGGCUCCAACCAGAUCAUCCUGCGAAACCAGCCGGACGGAACCCAGGGCAUGUUUAUCCAGCAGCAGCCGACGACCCAGACCCUGCAGACGCAGCAGAACCAGAUCAUCCAGUGCAAUGUGACCCAGACCCCCACCAAGGCACGCACCCAGCUCGACGCACUGGCUCCUAAGCAGCAGCAGCAGCAGGGAGGCACCACCAACCAGACACAGCAGCAGCAGCUGGCUGUGGCCACUGCCCAGCUGCAGCAGCAGCAGCAACAACUCACGGCAGCAGCUCUGCAGCGACCGGGGGCCCCGAUCAUGCCCCACAAUGGAACCCAAGUGCGUCCGGCCAGCUCCGUGUCCACACAGACGGCCCAGAACCAGAGUCUGCUGAAGGCGAAGAUGCGCAACAAGCAGCAGCCGGUGCGACCCGCACUGCCCACCCUGAAGACGGAGAAUGGUCAGGUCGGGGGCCAGAACAAGGUGGUGGGUCACCUGACCACCGUGCAGCAGCAGCAGCAGGCGACGAAUCUGCAGCAGGUGGUCAAUGCGGCGGGCAACAAAAUGGUUGUGAUGAGCACGACGGGCACUCCCAUCACCCUGCAGAAUGGCCAAACACUUCACUCGGCCACCACGGGAGUGGACAAGCAGCAACAGCAGCUGCAGCUAAUCCAGAAGCAGCAGUUCCUGCAGCAGCAGAUGUUCCAGCAGCAGAUCGCCGCCAUCCAGAUGCAGCAGCAGGCGGCAGUGCAGGCGCAGCAGCAACAGCAGCAGCAACAAGUCUCCCAGCAGCAGCAGGUCAACGCCCAGCACCAGCAAGCGGUGGCGCAGCAGCAGCAGGCGGUGGCGCAGGCCCAGCAGCAGCAGAGGGAGCAGCAACAGCAGGUCGCCCAGGCUCAGGCGCAGCAGCAGCAGGCACUCGCCAACGCCACUCAGCAGAUCCUCCAGGUGGCGCCCAACCAGUUCAUCACCUCCCACCAGCAGCAGCAGCAGCAGCAGCUCCACAACCAACUGAUCCAGCAGCAGCUGCAGCAACAGGCGCAGGCGCAGGCACAGGUUCAAGCCCAGGUGCAGGCCCAGGCGCAGCAGCAACAACAGCAGCGGGAGCAGCAGCAGCAGCAGAACAUCAUCCAGCAGAUUGUGGUGCAGCAGUCGGGCGGAGCCAGCGCCCAGCAGCAGCAGCAGCAGGCACAACAGCAAUCUGGACAGCUGCAGCUGAGCAGCGUGCCCUUCUCGGUUUCCUCGACGACGACGCCAGCCGGAAUAGCCACCUCCAGUGCCCUGCAGGCAGCUCUCUCCGCCUCGGGCGCCAUCUUCCAAACAGCCAAGCCCGUCACGUGCAGCUCCUCCUCCCUGCCCACCAGCAGUGUGGUCACCAUCACCAACCAGAGCAGCACUCCCCUGGUCACCAGCAGCACGGUGGCCAGCAUGCAGGCACAGGCUCAAGCUGCUCAGAUCCACCAGCAGCAGCAGCAGCUGAUCAGCGCCACCAUUGCAGCAGCAUCUCAACAGCAGCAGCAGCAGCAACAGGGACCCCCUUCACUGACGCCCACCACGCCCUCACCCACCACCAAUCCCAUUCUGGCCAUGACCUCGAUGAUGAAUGCCACGGUGGGCCACCUGUCUACCGCUCCGCCCGUGACUGUUUCUGUGACCAGCACCGCUGUCACUCCGUCGCCGGGUCAGCUGGUCACGCUGAGCAGUGCCAGCAGCGGAGGAGGAGGAGGAGGAAGCUUUCCCAGCACGCCCUCCAAGGAGACACCUUCGAGAGUGCCCACCGCCACCCUGGUGCCCAUUGAUUCGCCCAUGACGCCUGUUUCGGGCCAGGACAGCUGCAGCACACCCAAGUCCUCCACUCCCGCCAAUGUCAGUGCGUCCGUGGAGGCCAGUAGUUCCACGAGUGAGGCUCUGCCCAACGGGGAAGCCUCGGAUCGGGCCUCCACGCCUUCGAAGGCCGCCACCACUCCCACUAGUAAACAGAGCAAUGCGGUGCAGCCAACGAGCAGCUGCUCCACUCCCACCAGUGCCAGUGGAAAGGAAGAGCCCAAGGUGGCGACUUCUGUUACUUCCACUUCAACGACGAGCUGCACGACUGUCACCACAACUACCACGACGAGCAACAGCGUGGGAGCCAAGGAUCUGCCGAAGGCGAUGAUAAAGCCAAGUGUAUUGACCCAUGUCAUCGAUGGUUUCAUCAUCCAGGAGGCCAAUGAACCGUUCCCCGUCACCAGACAACGGUAUGCGGACAAGGACGUCAGCGAUGAGCCGCCAAAGAAAAAGGCAGCCAUGCAGGAGGACAUGAAGCCAACUGGAAUAGCAUCUGCUCCAGCCUCGGACAUGGUGGCCUGCGAGCAGUGCGGCAAGCUGGAGCACAAAGCGAAGCUCAAGCGAAAGCGCUACUGUUCGCCGGGAUGCGCCAGACAGGCGAAGAACGGCAUCGGGGGAGUCGGAACAGGAGAGACCAACGGUCUGGGAACCGGCGGAAUCGUUGGAGUGGACGCCAUGGCAUUGGUGGACAAACUGGACGAGGCUAUGGCUGUGGAGAAGAUGCAGACAGAGGCCAUGCAGUCCAUGUCGGAAUCUCUUUCAGCAGCUUCAACGGAGGUGCCACUGCCAGUGGUGGCUGCCGUUCCAGCCUCUUCUCCCCUCGCAAUACCCCUGGGAUCGCCAUUGCCAGUUGCAUUUCCCACCCUGGCACCACUGCCUGCAGUCACUCCCGCUGCGGGGCCCACGUCUUCGAGUGUAAAUGGAUCGGAUCGCCCGCCCAUUAGCAGCUGGAGUGUGGAGGAGGUCAGCAACUUCAUCCGAGAACUGCCCGGGUGUCAGGACUACGUGGACGACUUUGUUCAGCAAGAGAUCGACGGACAGGCGCUGCUGCUGCUCAAGGAGAACCAUCUGGUGCACGCCAUGGGCAUGAAGCUGGGCCCAGCCCUCAAGAUUGUGGCCAAGGUGGAGUCCAUGAAGGAGGUUCCGCCGCCUGGCGAUGCGAAGGAUGGAGGAGCUUAGUAGGAAACAGCUUGAACUUCGCGUGGAGCCGCAAAUGAUGAUCUCCUAACUGGUCCAACCGUGUCUGUCGUGCCGGGUGAAUCUGAUUCAAUCGGUCAGGCGAAGAGGGCGCGAAUCCACUUGUAAAAUCAAUACCAGCACCAGGUCCAAAACCCAUCAACCUUGUAAAUAUUUCCAAAUUCUCUCAUGCUAGGAUAUUUAUUUAACCAUAAAAACAACCGACAGUCAGAUAACGAAUGGAAUUACUUAAACUAAGUAUAAGCAAUAAAUAAUGUUCUUUAAUUGAGCUGCCAGCCAAGUGAAAUCGAUAGAAUUCUACAAUUAAACAUUAGUUUAGAGAAUAACACUAAACGUCAUGGAUCGUUUUUUAAGUAUUUUAAACUAAGCAAUCAUAUUUUCCACUAAGAUUGUACUAGCAACUAAAAAAAUUUGAACUUUCGAAAGAAAUGAUAUAACAUCUAAAUGUGAAUUUAAACUUUUUGCUAACCAAUUUUUAAAUGCCUAGACUUAAGCCUAUUUUUUUCAAUAUUAUUU